ACUAGAAAGGUGAAGGGCAACCAGUUUCCGCUUCAUAUAUAAACGCCGCAUUCGCAUGGUUUCUGCUCAUCGGCUCUGCUGAGAAACACUGCUUCCGCAUCGGUGGGUCUCAAGGUUUCUCGUAAGGCAUCCAGCACUAGCAGCCUCCGAAAAUGGUUCUCCAAAACGACAUUGAUUUGUUGAAUCCUCCGGCAGAGCUUGAGAAGAAGAAGCACAAGCUCAAGCGUCUCGUUCAGUCCCCCAAUUCUUUCUUCAUGGAUGUGAAAUGUCAAGGCUGCUUCAACAUAACCACUGUAUUUAGCCACUCUCAAACUGUUGUGGUGUGUGGUAACUGCCAGACGGUUUUGUGCCAGCCUACUGGUGGUAGAGCUAGACUCACAGAGGGAUGCUCUUUUAGGAAAAAGGGAGACUGAUGGCUAUGAUUGGAAGCGUUUCAAAUGUUCUUGAAUGGGAAUGGUAGUGGCUGUGCCUUAUGAUGUGAUUAUUAUUAGGUUUUGAUGAGACUUCGUUAUGCUUUUGAUCUAGAAUUGUUUAAUGUAGGGAAUGGUUUUGUUUCGAUGAACGUUUUAAGUUGAUGCAUUAUCCUGGUUCGUUAAUCCUAAUUUAUCAUCUUCACUUCUGGUUCGAAUUUCCACCCACCUAGGUUCGAAUGAUAGAGCAGGUUUCAAAA